CCACUAUCCUAUAUAUUGCCCACCCCCUCGCCCUUCGUCCUCCUGCAGAGUCCUUUGGAGCAAAUGGCCACAUCCAAGAUACGCUCAUCCAAUGCCAAAUCGCCCACUGUUCUUGCACCUCACCUGCCGAUUAUUGACAAGCUUCCCAAUGGCCAAAGAUAUACAAUCAGCCUUCUAUCGCCUUCCUCUUUGACCCUUCAAAGUCAAGAUGUGCUGUAUAGAUUACUAGAUCACAACAUGAGAAGCUUACAGUCAAAUUCAAGCUUCCCUUACACAGAGAUUUCCAAAAAGGAAGAAAUGUUCGAUCCGACUUCGCGAUUUUUACUGGUUCUCGGGGAGACACCAAUGGACACACGUGAUGAAGUACCUCCAAAAAAACGACAAAUUGAUAUUCAAGAGCAUGAACUAUUCGGCUUCUGUGAAUUUCGAUUUGACGUGGAGGAAACACUCUCUGAGAAGCUCGCGGAGGUGGUGUACUGUUACGAAUUACAGCUUAGACCCUCUGUGCGAAAGCAAGGCAUAGCAAAGCAACUAAUCGGGAUUUUAGAAGAUAUUGGCCGGCUAAGGAAAAUGGAGAAGAUCAUGUUGACAUGCCUCAAAAACAAUGCUUCCGCGCUGUCCUUCUAUAGGCGUCAAGGAUUUGAAGCCGAUGAGAUUGACCCAACUCGGAUGUCGGAAGAAGAGCCAGAAAAUGGUGAGGAAGUGGACUAUGUGAUACUUAGCAAGCCUUUGUAGCUCGAUAGUAGAUCGCAUUGUAGUGACUAUGCAUGUGUCUAAUGACCG